UACAUAACCGUUUCCCGCUAAUAAGUUUGCACGUCGCGCAAAGAACAACUGCCAGCAUGUCAACAGAAGUAGAACUAAAGCCAUUGGACACUUCACCAGCUCCUGUAGAGACUGUAGAACGCCCUCAGCCAGUUGAGAACGGGGUGCAAGUCGAGAACGGGGUGAACGUAGAGGGGGUAGACAACCCAACCUACACUGAGAGUCAUGAAGGAACACAGGCGGAGUAUGACUUCACAGUUCCACCUAUGACGUUUGUAGAUUUUAUGCCUCGACUGAUAGAAGAAUCAACAUCUGCACUUGAUGCCCCAGUAUACACAGAAUUCAGCACCGUUUUAGAGCAGGCUAACCAAUGGCUGCAAGGUAACCCUGACUACCUGGUGAUGAAGCUGGAAUCCAUCACUAAGAAGCUUGCAGAGGGGACAAACUCUCCUGACCUGGAGGCAGUGUGGCACCAUGAGUCCAGUCACGGUAUCAACAAAUACGUCCGCGGACUUAGGUUAUGGCUUGCCCCCCGCCUGGACUCCUCGGCCCCUAUUCAAGAGAUUGGGUACGUGACCACACUUCCAGAGCCCUCCGAGGGCGAACCGAAUGACCCCGACAGCAUGCUGUCGCUGUUCAAGGCGGGAAUGUUCAACGCCCGCGCGGUCAUGCCCACCUACUGCGGCUACAAGGAGAUGCUGGACAAGCUGAAUAAGUUCCUUAAAAAGAAGCCUAUACCAGGUUCAAUUCUCAGCGUGGAAUGUGUGCGUGUAAAAUACGAUGAGAACUAUACCUCAAAGUGCCUCGACUCUGAGCAGAUGUCAUGGGCCGACUGCGGCAAAGAAGAUCGCAUCUAUAUGUACGCAAUUCGUAUAUACUACACCGUGGGAAAACCAGUAUUCGAGACUAUUGGUAAGUGA